AUGAUCGAGCGGCAGCGGCUGGAGCUGCGGCAGCAGGAGCUGCGGGCGCGCUACAAUCUCAGCCAGGGCGGCUACGAGGAGCUCGAGCGCGUCGUGCUGCGCCUCAAGCCGCACAAGGCCGGCGUGCAGUGGCGCUUCGCCGGCUCCUUCUACUUCGCCAUCACCGUCAUCACCACCAUCGGGUACGGCCACGCAGCGCCCAGCACCGAUGGUGGCAAGGUGUUCUGCAUGUUCUAUGCACUGCUGGGCAUCCCGCUCACGCUGGUCAUGUUCCAGAGCCUGGGCGAGCGCAUCAACACCUUCGUGAAGUACCUGCUGCACCGCGCCAAGAGAGGGCUGGGCAUGCGGCGCGCCGACGUGUCCAUGGCCAACAUGGUGCUCAUCGGCUUCUUCUCGUGCAUCAGCACGCUGUGCAUCGGCGCCGCCGCCUUCUCCUACUACGAGCACUGGACUUUCUUCCAGGCCUACUACUACUGCUUCAUCACGCUCACCACUAUCGGCUUCGGCGACUACGUGGCGCUGCAGAAGGACCAGGCGCUGCAGACGCAGCCGCAGUACGUGGCCUUCAGCUUCGUCUACAUCCUCACAGGCCUCACGGUCAUUGGCGCCUUCCUCAAUCUCGUGGUGCUGCGCUUCAUGACCAUGAACGGCGGCGGCGGCGGCUUCCGCAAUGUCUAUGCCGAGGUGCUGCACUUCCAGUCCAUGUGCUCGUGCCUCUGGUACAAAAGCCGCGAGAAGCUGCAGUACUCCAUUCCCAUGAUCAUCCCGCGGGACCUCUCCACGUCCGACACGUGCGUCGAGCAGAGCCACUCGUCGCCUGGAGGGGGCGGUCGCUACAGCGACACACCCUCGCACCGAUGCCUCUGCAGCGGGGCCCAGCGCUCCGCCAUCAGCUCAGUGUCCACGGGCCUGCACAGCCUGUCCACCUUCCGCGGCCUCAUGAAGCGCAGGAGCUCCGUGUGAACGCCGCGCGGGGCCUGGAGCACCUGGGAGCGCGGGCGGGGACUUAUGCCCAGAGGAGCAGCAGGGGUCAGCGGGGAGGCUACCCCAGCGGCCUUCGGCUCCAUGGGGCGCCCCUACACCCCUCUCCCCCUCUCCCAGCCCCCCAUCUCCGACUGUGCCUGCUUGCACCAGCCGGCAGGAGCCGGGGCUCUGAGGACCCCUGGAGCCCCCAUCUGUGCCCUGCAAAUUCCUAGAAAUGUGAAACUUGGGGGAGGGGGGAAUCGGGGGAAGGAAGGCAGAAGCUGGGAGCAUCCCAUCCCUCUAGAAAACUAAGGAGCUCCUCAGUCCGCAGAGGCCCUGCUGGCAUCCAGACCCCCACCACCUCCCCCUCCUCCUUCCGGAGGGAACUUCGUGUUCCGUGUAAGUUUGCAUCUCUAUUUAUACCUCUGUCCUGCCAGGUCUCCCACCUUCCCUUGGCUCCAAAAGCCAGGGUGUCUUUGUCGAGGUCACCCUCACUCAGUCCCCACUCCCCUUCCUGAUCCCCAAACUGUGUCUCCCGGUCUCCCACUACCUUUUGUGUUGUUUUGCAUGGCUUUGCAGUUAUGAAGGAAAUGGAAACCCAGCAGUCCCUAAAGCUAGUCCCCAGAGGGCAGGCAGAUGGAAGUACCUAUAGGCAGGCUGCAGGAGGGGCAGAGAAGGGAAGAGGGUGGCUGUCUGCAUGAAGGUUCCCCUGGUAGGUGAGAGCUAACUGGCUUUCAGUCACAUCCUUAUGGGGGGCCGGGGGUGGGUGGGAGGUGGGGAGUCCAGCCAGACACUGCCCUUGGAAUCAAACAGAAAAUUGCUACUUGCCAUUCCUGGCCGCUGCUGAUAAUUCCCCACUCUUAGAUCUGUGGAAUGAGUUUGAAAACCCUGUCCUGACUACCCAUUCGUUUGAUUCUCACCACAUCCCAGUUAGGUCACCAGGGCAGGAGUUCUCAUCUGCAUUUGACGGAUGACACUGAGACCCAGACUGGUGAAGUGACUUGCCCAAGGUGACACAGGUAGCAAACGGCAAUGGGGAGCAAGAACCCAGGCUGCUUGUUCCGAGCCUAAGUGCUCUUUCCUUUUCACUCCUCUGCCUACUCUCAAAAGCAGAGUUCCUGGCCUGCACACCCUGGCAUUGUGUGGGCCACUGGGCCUUAGACGAGAACCAGAGCCCAGGUCUGAGCCAGUGCCGAGCUCAGCCUCUCUUCCACUUGGCCACAAGGCAAGGUAGGACCUGGACUGCCCCUUACAAGCAGGAAGUCCUUGGGCCAAAUAAACAGGUCUGGGGCUCAUGGAAGAAAGGCUUUCGGAGUUUGGAAGUUGGGCAGAGGAGCCUAGAGAGCCGGCAGGCAGAUCCUAUGGGACAUGAUCCCUGGUUCCACAGCCAGCAUUGAUGCCUGCAUUCUAGGUGGCUAGAGAUAAGCCACAGCUGCAGCAAGGAACACCCCUCCCAGGUGUGCUCACUGCCUUCCCCCUCUGCAACCCAGAAGCCCAGAUGGAGAGCAGCAGAUGGAGGUGAGACCCUUGGUUCCACUAUCAGGAACCACAGCAGGAGCUGGGACCGUAACUCAGGACAGCUUCGAGGAGUGGGUGAGGGGCUUCUCCCCCUCCAUACUGACUCCUCUGACUGUUCCUGUGUCAGUUCCUUAACACUGCUGAGCAAGGCUGGCCCUGGCAUUCAGGGAAGCUGGAGUGGGGGCAGGGGUGCUCACAUGGGGAUCAGCCUCAGCCCCACCCCCGCCAUAUGCUCCCACCUCUGGGCCCCCCUGGGAGGGAAGAAGUCUGGCCUGGCCAGUGUGUGAAUCCCAUCUCAGCAGGGAGAAGCUGGCUGCCCAGGUGCCACAGAGAACAGGGCCCAGGCCCCAGGGGUGCCCUCUGUGUUUAUGUUGGGGUGAGGGGCAGUGCCAGCUGCCUCUGUCCCAUGUGACCCUGCCCUCGAGGGGUCCUGUCCCGUCAGUCCCGAGGGAGCCACAACCAAAGUUGCAAGGAGGUGGCAGGAAGGGAGGCCGAAUAGCCCUCACAGAGCAUGGCAGACUGCUCGGUCUCCGGCCGGGUCUUUCCUAGGGAACCGGAAGGCCAGUGUUGCUUCCCCAUCCCCUCCUCCCACUGCAGGCAGCCUUUCUGCUUCCCCAAUGCCUUAUGCCUGGGCACACUGCCACAGAAUAUGCAAUACGUGUGGGCGACGUGCCCCCACGCCCACACCCUCACCCCGGGCAGCCCCUGGACCCCAAAGGCCGCAGCUGCCACGGCCUCCCCUCAGCCCUUCCUGCCUAUCUGUCUUCACACUGAGAAUGGCGCCUAAUAAAUGCUGUCCAUGGAGACCAGG